GUCGAGAGCGGAUCGCGCUCGGGAUCGCUUCCCAAACUCACGAUUCCUCCUGGUUGCUCUUCCGGGUUACCGAAAAUAUGAUCAGUUGAAAAAAGUGUCGUGUCACGUGUGUCUUCGAAGUGCGUAAAUAACACAACACUACACAGGACUAUCCCACGAUGCCGAUUGGCAGCGUAAACAAGGAACCGGCGGUCAAGCGGGAGACCUUCAGACCGCCGUGGGUGAAAGACAAGGACGCUGCAGCCCCCCCACCAUGGACUCAGAGGAAAUUGAAACCGGUGGAGACACCAGCUAAGGCUGACAAGACUGAUGUGGAGAAGCCGACCCCGGUAGCAACGACUAAACCUUUGAAGCCGGUCUUAAAAAAGCAGUCUACGAUAAAGCCUGAAAAACCAGAAAACGGAGUGUCCGAGACAGUUGAAGAAAAACUUGUAAAACCGUCGGCAGCAAAAUCUGCUGAUAAGGCGUCAAGACCAGCAGAUGAAAAGCCUAGAUUUACAAAAUCUUCAUUGAAAUCCGUAGAUAAGUCUCCUAAAACUGAAGACAAAAACUCAAAUGAGAAGGCUCCAGAGAGACCUACACUUCGAAGUGUAAGAACCAUUGAUAAUGAUAAAACAAAAGAUAAGUCAGUAACUAUAGUAGACAAGAAACCUAAUAGUACAUCAAAAACAAAUAGCACAGCAAAUGAUAAAAGAAAUGACAAAAGUGUUAACUCAUCAAGCAAAACUUCAGAGACAAAGCCGCUUCUUAAGAAAACUGAAACAACAAAAGUAGAAGAGAAAGCAGACUCAAAAAUGGCCACUAAGCCACCGAUCGAAAAACCUCCUACAAAGCUGCCUCCACGCAAGCCAUCCCUUGUAAAGCAGCUAUCCAAAGAUGAACCAGUCAAGAAAUGGAGGGAUCCUCUACACGAACGGGUCAAGGAGAACAUCGAUAAGACACUCAAUGAAGUGCCUAAAGGACAUACGCUGACGAAGAAUGAAAGUUUAAGAAGCUUAUUGAAACCAACGCCACCACCAAUGCCGCCACCAUUGCCACCGAAAAUGCCGCCUCCGCCCGAGUUCAAGAAAGCUCCAUUAGAUCCAGAAAAGUUGAAAAAGUUGGAAGGCCUUCGUAGCAGACCUAGAAAGCGGCCUGACUGGAGUGACAUGAUGAAAGAAGUAGAAGAAGGAAAAAAAUUGAAACACGUCGUUUGCAAUGACAGAUCGAGUCCAAUUAUUACAAAAACGUCAGUAGUGAAAAACAAAGACCAAUUCAUAUUUGAAUCAGAGAAACCAAACUCACACAACGCUCUAUUAAAAGAAAUCAAUACUGGCAUUAAACUAAAGAAGGUGAAAACAAAUGACAGGAGCAAACCUAAUUUGGAAGGUUUAAGGAAGUUUAGGAGGCAAAUGACUAUUGAAGAACAGGUUCAGAAGUCCAUGUCUCAAGCAAAUUUAUUAGCUGCGUCUCCUUCAGGAGUCUCAAUAGCAGGAGGAGUAGCAGAGGUCCCUGGUGCAGAAGAAGAAGAUAUCGAUGAGAUGGAUGAUAUUGAUAAAGUGAGAGAUGAUCUUCAAUCAACAAAACAGUUGCUGGCAAUUGAACUUAGGAAUAAGGAAGCUCAAGAAAGAGAAAACAAACGACUGCUGACGAAGAUACAAAAUCUCGAAGCCGAAUUGGCAAGAGAACGUGCAAUUAUUAAACAAGAACAACACAAGACGGUUAUAUCAGUGACAGAUGCUUACGAUGAAAGACUGGUGAACAGCCUUAAAAUGGAAGUAGAUAGGGCCAAAGAUACAGCAGACAACUUGGAAAAGCAAUAUCUGCAAGCCGCAGAAGACCGAGACACGGCAUUAACUGAACUAGAGGAAGUAAAACGAAAGAAUGCGGAGUUAGAAAAGAAAUUAGAACAAGCACUACAGGGAAUAAUGCCUUCAAACAUGGGUUCAAGAAGAUCAAGUCACGCAAUCAAGCAGCUUUCGGUUACCAGAGAUGAAAGUUUCGAGAUGGAAGAAGAAUCGGAGCCUGAAGAGGAGGAGAGCGAAGAAAAGAAACAAAAGCGAAUGGAAAAAGAAGUACGCAAUAUGAGGAACAAAAUCCGACACCUAAAAGAAAAACAGGACCUUAUGAAGCGCGAAAGAAUGGCCUUCAAAAUGUCCCUCAAAAAUCAACAGCUGGCGUUGAAGGACGAGAAGAAGAAAUAUAAAGAACUAAAGCGCGAAGUAGACAAGAUGGCGGCCAUGAUGAAAGAAGUGGGCUCAGACGAGGAAGAAGAAGAGGAAUCGGAGGAAGAGGAGGAGGAGGACGAGAAGAGUGAGACGGAAGAGGAGACUGAAACUGAGACAGAGCAGGACACCGAGAGCGAGACGGAGAGUGAGAGUGAACCUGAGGACGCUCCACUACCGAAAAAGAAGGACAACCUGACGGCUAGGCUUAAGCGACACGAGAGUAGGGUAAACGCUCUGAAGAAGGGCAACGCGCUACUGAUGGCUAAUGUCGACAGACUGAAGGAUGAUGUGCUGAAACAGAGAGAAGAGUCCAUGACUCUAAAGAGCGAGUUAGACUCUCUUAUAAGCGACCUUGAGUGAGGGAAACAACUGUAUUUUUUAUAGAUUUUCCCUGCUUUUAUAGUAUUGUCCCUUGCUGCUAAAAGGGCUCAUCAAGGAUAUGAAAUAAAAAUAAAUAUUUUAAAAGGGCAUAAUAAGGGAAACCUAUAGUGAUGCCAUAUGUUCUAAUACUCACCCAGCCAACAUCGUUAACUAGUCUAAGGUUGGAAACCGAAAUAUGACAUAAAAUCAUAAAAUGAAGUUAUCAAAUGGACGUAGUUACGCAAUAACGUUCAAUCCACAUUAAAUUGUCAUUAAAUUUUAGACCUUGUAUGAAAAACAAAAGUCUUUCAUUUCAAUGACAAUUUCAGAUGGAUUGGAACGUUUCUGC